CUCACCAUGUCUUCUCACAAGACUUUCAGAAUCAAGCGAUUCCUGGCUAAGAAACAAAAGCAAAAUCGUCCUAUUCCUCAGUGGAUUCGGAUGAAAACUGGCAACAAAAUCAGGUACAACUCCAAGAGAAGACACUGGAGGAGAACGAAGCUGGGUCUGUAAGGAGUCAACAAUGAAUGACAAAACAAUUCAUGAUGAAUCGUGAU